AUGUUGCUUCUUCCUAAGAUUGCGAUCCUUAAUCGACACAUGCUGAAUAUUUUGCUGAUUGCUGCCUGGUUACUGGCUUAUUUGAGCCAAUCAGAGAGAAAGAGUAGCGAAAUCUUAUCGGUAUACCAUCCUUUGGUAGGGGCAUUUCAUUUCUUACAGAAUUAUUUGAGCGACGUAUAUCGCGGUUCUCGUCGUAUGACGGGUCAGAGUGGGUUGAAGUUGUGCUCCUCUGCACAUGACUCGCGUAUAUCGCCCCUGCCCACCAAAAAUGGUGAUAUUGAGACACUCACGACGAGAACAACACCUAUUGUUAAUGAAAUGGAUCGGUUGGGUAGCUCAAACCUUCUGCUUUGCAAGCCCACGAGUCUCAGGGAUCGUCAACGAAAUCUUUGA